AGGAAAACAAAGACAAACUGAAAUACACGUGGGAUGUUCUCAUUGGAUGGCGGGUGCGAGCAUGUAGAGGCCAAGAAUGCACAACAGCCUAUAUAAAUGCGUUUCCUUCGAUGCAACGCAGCGGUCCCGCACGUUACGAGCCUGGAGACGGAUUCAUCAACCACGAUGUGGUUCUUCCGAUCGGUGGGAGUUGAAUCGGAUCCCAAGCUCUUUUAAUUAUAAGAUGAAUGCAGCUUCUACGAGAAUAAUCCUUCGCUUUUCUCCGCAUCCGAAGCCAGUGUUCUUCGAUCCAGAGUUGUUGAUCCGGAAUUAGGGAUUUCUGGUGAUGGCGGAACCCGAAGUCAUUGCUUUGAGAGAAGCUCUUCGGAGUCGAUCUACAACUCUGGAGAAACUUUAUGGAGAGCUGGAGGAGGAACGGGAAGCUGCGGCAUCUGGAGCGGACGAAGCUCUAUCCAUGAUCGUGCGCCUGCAGGAAGAGAAGGCCGCCGAGAAGAUGAAGGCGAGCCAGUACAAGAGAUUGGCGGAGGAGAAGCUGCGGCACGCCAAGGAGUCGUCGACGAUUCUGAAAGACGUCAUAUUUCAGAAGGAGAUGGAGAUUGCAUCCCUCGUGUAUCAAGUGCAGGCCUACAAGCACAGGCUGUUAAGUUUGGGUCUCAGAAAUAUGGAUGAUGAUGUUAUGAUGAGGAAUGGCAACCGGUGCAGGACAAGCUUGGUUAGGAACAUCUCUUUACCUGCGCUUCUCCUGGAAGAACUAUCAUCAGGGCUUCAUGUUACUGAAAAUUUGUAUUGUGGCAUUGCUGACAACAUGGAGUUCGGUGAAGAGUACGAUGCAGCCAAAUUGCAUGAGUUUAUGAAGUUGGCUAGAUCAGAAACAGCAGAAGCACACAGAAGAGCAACAGAGUGGCAGCAAAAACUCGAGUAUCAUGAUAAAUUUCACAUGAAUUCUAGGAUGGUGCCUGUGAAAAUGAGACAGAAUCCUGGUUGUUCAUGGUAUCUACAACUAGCAGCGAGCGACGACAACAAAUUCGACAAUUCAACAUCGAACAUAAAGUCAGACGAGGGCAGCAUUUAUCAAACAAAAUCAGUCAAUUUGCAAGACUUCCAUGAUGUUCAGGAGAAUCACAAUCGUCCAAGCGGGUCUAGAACAUGCAGCCAACUUUCGCAAGAACGUUUCGAAACCAAAUGCAUGAACAGAGUGCCAAUUGCAAGACAGGAAGAAGCUAUGUGCAACCUCCCGAAAGAUCAGCACAACAAUUUUUUCUCGCAUGCCCAUCAUAAGAACAAAUUGUACCAACCAUGGGAAGAGGCAACGAUGGAUUGUCCUCCAACACCUGGAAAUUCUCAUGAUGCAGUUUCUUCAUCUCACAGUGAUCUUGAGCAACUAAGAAUGCUGAUGCAGAAAUUUAAAGACGACAUGAGAGAUACGAAGCAGGAAAAUCUCGAGCGAGGCAGAAAACAGUUGCAGUCAUUAAGGAGAAUAAUCAAGCAUCUUGAUUCUAUAGAAUCACAAGUUAACAACACAGAGUUUGAGCACGAUCAAGAGGAUGAUUCUCAAUUUACGUACCUUGUGGAGGUAAUGUUAUGUUACUUUCUCUGCACUGGUGCUUUGCUUGUUUCUCAGACUAGGCACUGAAACUCAUCAGUUAGGAUAUUAAUGUAUCAGGAGUACCCUUAGAAACAUCUAGAAAGACAAGGCCUUCACUAUACACAGAUAUGAAGAAGAACACUUUGAGAUCAACUAAGACUCACCUGGAGCUUUUACAACUAUACUGUCAACCAUAUUUCCACCCUAAACAAGAUACAUUAGCCUCUUAUCUUGAAAGAAACUGGUGCCAUAGAUUUUAACCAUAGACACACAGUUCAUAUUUAGUAAGAAAAAAGAAAAA